CCCCUCGGCCGCCGGCUGACACGAGUUGCGGAGCGGCCGCCUUCGCUUUCGCCUCCGCCCAGGAGGAGAGUGGAUAGGAGCGAGAGCCCGCUGCUGGCCCGCGAGCCGCCGCCGCCAUGGGGAACCGCGUUUCGCGAGAAGACUUCGAGUGGGUCUACACCGAUCAGCCGCACGCUACUCGGCGCCAGGAGAUCCUGGCAAAGUAUCCAGAGAUAAAAUCCUUAAUGAAACCUGAUUCCAACUUGAUAUGGAUUGUAAUUAUGAUGGUUCUCACUCAGUUUGUUGCAUUUUACUUAGUAAAGGACUUAGACUGGAAAUGGGUCCUGUUUUGGGCAUAUGCCUUUGGCAGCUGCAUUAAUCAUUCAAUGACUCUGGCUAUUCAUGAAGUUUCCCACAACAGUGCCUUUGGCCAUUGCAAAGCUAUGUGGAAUCGUUGGUUUGGAAUAUUUGCCAAUCUCCCUAUUGGUGUCCCAUAUUCAAUUUCCUUUAAGAGAUACCACAUGGAUCAUCAUCGAUACCUCGGAGGCGACGGCAUUGAUGUGGACAUUCCAACUGACUUUGAAGGCUGGUUCUUCUGUACUACUUUCAGAAAGUUUAUAUGGGUCAUCCUUCAGCCUCUCUUUUAUGCUUUUCGACCUCUGUUCAUCAACCCCAAACCAAUCUCUUAUCUGGAAAUAAUCAAUACUGUGAUUCAGAUCACUUUUGACAUCGUGAUUUACUAUGUUUUGGGAGUUAAAUCUUUAGUCUACAUGUUGGCAGCCUCCUUACUUGGCCUAGGUUUGCACCCGAUUUCUGGACAUUUUAUUGCUGAACAUUAUAUGUUCUUAAAGGGACAUGAAACUUACUCAUAUUAUGGGCCUCUGAAUUUACUCACCUUCAAUGUGGGUUACCAUAAUGAACACCACGACUUUCCCAACAUUCCCGGAAAAAGCCUUCCCCUGGUGAGGAAAAUAGCUGCUGAGUACUAUGACAGCCUCCCCCACUACAACUCCUGGAUAAAAGUGCUGUAUGAUUUUGUGACGGAUGACACAAUAAGUCCCUAUUCGAGAAUGAAGAGGCAUCGGAAAGGCAACGAGGUUCAGGAGUAAAUGUCAUUAAGACCAAAGGAACUCCUCUCUGAAACUUGAUCAUAACUGAGAAAGUGGAAUUUUUGCGUUAUUAAAUUAAGACCAACUAUGUUUAGAAGCUGCCCUCAUACAGAUUCAGAGUAUGAUCUUCAUGGUGUCAAGAAGCUAAUCUGGCUUUAAAGAGUCAGUCUGUCUGUGCAGUGUUCAGCUUUACUUAUUAUAUUACCACUGUGGUGGAUGUUUUCACUUAGGUCUGACCCUUUGUAAGCAUAUCAUAAAGCUUUUAAAAAGCUAUUUCUAGUAUGUUGUUUUCACUAUAAGGAUUUACUUUAUUAAAAUAGCUAAUAAACUGAGCUAUUAAUCACAAUAAA